GCCCUGUGCCGUCAAAAUUGUACAAACAAAAUAUUUGACAAGUAAUUUGUUGACAUCAUUCGUUGAAAAUAUCUGCAAUUUUACAAUUACCGCUUACAAACUUAAUCAACAAUGGAAGCAUUAGAUUUACUUGAAAAACGUAUUGAUACACUAUCGCGAAUGUUGGGUCCACUUCCCGACGAAGGAAACACAGCUACAGCUAGUGCUGACUCCGAUUCAAACAAACCACCAGCCGCACCCGAGACAGUUGUCGACUCAUUGCUCACAGUGAAUAGUAUGCUAAGUGGGGUUAUUGGUAACCGUGAACAAAUUGCCAAAACAAUUGCUCGUGCUCCUGAGCUUGAAAAAUAUUUGGAUCCAAAUUUUUUAGAAGAGAAUCAACAAGUUCGUUCAAAAGAAGUCUAUUUAAAUGCUAUAGGCCCAGACUUGCAUGUACAAUGCGCACUGUUGGAUCGUGUAAAACAACUUGAACCGACAUUAGGCGCUGAAUAUUUCCGCAGUAUACCAGGUGAAUGUACCGAUAAAUUGAAACAGUAUUCACAAGAUAACACUGAGUUCGCUCAUCAAGCUGAGUUAAUAGAGGAGAGUUUAAUUUUGGCUAUGAAACGUUAUGGGGAAAUACAAACCGGUCUUUUGGAAUCGCUUGGAACCAUGAAUAAUCGCCUGGAAGCGAUAGAAGAAAAAAUGGAGCAAAAGAAGCGGGCCGAAGCUGAAAAAGAGCUACCCUCUCCCAAAGAGUGAAUACUUUAGUCCUAUUUCAAUUUGAAUUCGUAUAUUUUUAAGUUUCAAUGAGCCGAGAUUAAAGUUCAUAGAUAUGUAUUAAUUUGUAUUUUAUAUAUAGUGUUUAUUCUGAUUAUUUCUAAGCCCAUGUCCAUCGCUCUGUCUGUUAAAUAUAAUUUAAAAAAAAAAUGGUUAA